CAGGAAUCUUAGGGACAUCUCAGGAUCACUAAUGGAGAUUCCAGUAUAUACUGUUGAUGCAUUUACUAAUUUACCAUUUAAAGGAAACCCUGCUGCAGUUUGCCUUUUAGAGAAUGAACUGAAAGAGGAGCUUUAUCAGAAAAUAGCAGCUGAAAUGAACUUGUCCGAGACUGCAUUCAUCACAAAUCUGAAACCAACAGAAGAUUUUUGUUCAGGAGCAAGGUUUGGCUUACGCUGGUUCACCCCUACACAUGAAGUCAACCUUUGUGGCCAUGCGACACUGGCUUCAGCAGCAGUGCUCUUUUACAAGAAAAAAAACCCCAACUCUGUGGUGGCCUUUGAGACUCUGAGUGGAGAGCUAUUGGUGCAUCAGCGCGGUGAAUCACUAGUGAUGGUCUUCCCUCUCAAUAAACCAGAAGUUCAGGACAGAAAGAAUUUUACUGACAUUCUUAAGGCUGCUGUGGGAGAUUUGCCUAUUCAAGAGGUGUGUUACUGUAAGACAACAAAGAAACUGCUAGUGCGUUUGCUUGAUACAUGCGACAGGUCCAUGCUCACUUCCCUGAGUCCGAUGACCGAGUCUCUGCUGAAAAGUGAAGACAGCGGAAGGAUCAAGAGCCUUAUCAUCACAGUGAAAGGAGCACCAACGUCACAGCCAGGAUAUGACUUUUACUCCCGUAACUUUGCACCGUGGGUCGGAAUCCCUGAAGAUCCAGUGACUGGCUCUGCACAUACAGUCCUCGCUGCUUACUGGUCUGAGAAACUGGGAAAGAAGAAAAUGUUAGCCUACCAGUGCUCCAAACGUGGCGGAGAACUCGAGCUGGAACUGAGAGGAGACAACAGAGUCGACAUCACUGGCCGAGCAGUGGUCCUCCUUCAAGGAAUCCUCAAACUUUAGAGAAACUGCUAUAGAGCUCACAAUGAAAAUAUUUAGCCAUAUACUGUAUAGUCCACUGUCAAAUUAUUGCAAUCAUAUUCACUGCAGGCUAAUCUAGUAACUAAUCAUAGGAACCACGUGUGGUGGUGGAAGAACAGUUUAUUUUUCAGAGAAAUCCAAUUCGUUAGUAAUGACAAAAGUUUGUAAUUAGAAACUUUAAUAUCUUUAUUAGAGGAAAACAUACAAAAUCUCACAAAACUAUUUACAUACAAAAUACUUUGAAUAUCUGUUAAAAAAAAUCCUCUUAAUAAAAGCAUAUGAAAACACAAAAAAACUGGGGUUUAAAAAAAGUCAGUUAUUAACCAUGAGGUAUUAUAAUGUAGCAUCUAUUUAGCAGUCCAAACUCUCAUUCAGGCUCAGAGAAACUCUGUCUUUAGGGAUCUUUAACUCAAUGGGAGUUGGUGCUAAGAAGCUGCAGUGUGAGAGUCCACUAAAUGUCACAUUUUGAUGCAAGGUAGUGCCUCAUGAGCAGCAGCGGGCAGCUGGCAGAUGUAGUUCAAGUUAAGGAGAACAAGGUAUUCAGUAAGCUUUUAAGACCUGUUUAAAUGUGCUUCUUGGCCUACAAUAAACAUGCAAUUUCAAAACAGACACCAUAUUCGUGUGACACACAAUAACAUACGCAGCCGAUCACACUAGUUUCUUCAUUUACGGAUUCUGUUUACUUUUUUCCUGGGCUGGAAAUUCGCUCCUACCUUAGGCAGAUGUCAACAAGUGGUGGCAUCGGCUGGAGAGAAGAGGAAGGUUUGUCAUUUCAAUUAAACCAUUCCAGAACAAUUGUUUUGUUUUUGUUUUUUUUUUAAAAA